AUCAAAAGGAGUUUUGCUUCAGUUGAAGCGUAAAUGGACGGUUUAUUGUACGUCCCAGCGUCUAUAUUUAAUCUACUUCACCUGAAUGCUGUCCAUUAAAAAGUAAAAUUAAGUUACGAAAUAGCUAAAUACACGAUUGUUGACUUUUCGCUUGCUGGCUAGCUCCGCCAGCUGAGUCUAACGUCAAGAUGGACCAGGCAGCGAGCCGAUACCAAGUGUUUGAGAAUGAUGAAGACGACUCCUGUGAGCCCUCCACCAGCGCCCAGCAGCCGUGUACCUCGGCCCAGGCCAACGCGUCCUCCCAGGCCUGCCCAGUCCCAGUAGCCCUGGAGGGGGACGCAGAGGCCCCACCUCCCCCGUAUGCCAGCAUCGCCCUGGGAGCCACCGCUGCCAUGCCUGUAGAGAGCAGUUGUUACCCAAGUGAUUUCCCCGUGCCGCCCCCCUACAGCGUGGCCACCUCUCUUCCCACCUACGAUGAGGCAGAGAAAGCCAAAGCUGCAGCCAUGGUACUCUCUGCUGUGGAGGUGAUACCAGGGGUAGGACAGCACGCACGCACGCACGCACGCACACACACACGUGUGUUUGAGUAUGGGAUGUUUACCCAUAAAAACAGGAUUAUUCUGCUGGAAUGCUGUAAGAAAAACUUCAAUGCUGCUAUUAACUACACAGUGUAACAACAUAUUUCAGGACCAAAACAACUUUGAUAGCUAUAUUGUCCAAGUCAUAGCUACAACAGUAUUUACAGUAUAUUAGCUCUAUUUUAUGUAGGUUUAGUCCAAAUGCCCAUUGAGCUUUAUUUCUGCUUUCUCAACAUCUCUAAAAGAGAAGGAAAUGUCGACACACAACAGUGCUAUUGCUACGUUUCUUCAGAAGAUGUGGAUGAGUUGUUUUCCUGUCCUCUUUCUUUUAAACAGGAGGAUGACUUCCCUCCAAGGGAUGAUUUCAGCGAUGUCGACCAGCUGAGAGUGGGGAACGAUGGCAUUUUCAUGCUGGCCUUUUUCAUGGCCUUCCUGUUCAAUUGGAUUGGGUUCUGCCUGUCAUUCUGCCUGACCAACACCAUCGCCGGCCGAUACGGGGCCAUCUGCGGCUUUGGCCUCUCUCUCAUCAAGUGGAUUCUCAUCGUCAGAUUCUCUGACUACUUUACUGGAUACUUCAAUGGGCAGUACUGGCUCUGGUGGAUUUUCCUGGUCCUCGGUCUCCUGCUUUUCUUCAGAGGGUUCGUGAGCUACCUGAAAGUGCGCAACAUGUCUGAAAGCAUGGCUGCCUCGCACAGAACACGCUUCUUCUUCCUGUACUGAGGUAAAACAUAUAUUUUUUAAUUGAACCUUUAUUUAACUAGGCAAGUCGGUUAAGAACAAAUUCUUAUUUACAAUGACGGCCAAACCUGGACGACACUGGGCCAAUUGUGCGCUGCCCUAUGGGACUCCCAAUCACGGCCGGAUGUGAACCAGGUACUGCAGUGACGCCUCUUGCGCUGCGAUGCAGUGUCUUAGACCACUGCGCCACUCGGGAGCCCAACUACUAUUGAAGACCUUAGUACACAGUCACCGCAUACCAGCAUGUAUAGUAGAUAUUAUCCUUGAGACUUGACAUUCAUAUAAAGACAUGCAUAUAAAUGAAGUUGUUUAUGAAAUAAUACUAUAUAUUGUUGUUACCAAUUUGUCUUUCUGUAAAUGGCAUGUUGUUACACCUGCUACCCGUAGUCUGCGAAUUCUACAACAGUUGCGCUUUCAGAAUUAUUUUCCCACUUCCUUUGCUCCAGGUUGUCGCACCAAACAUUCCUCCUUAAUGUGAAAUUCCCUGAGGAUUUGCGACCCUCUUCUCGAAUGACCAGGACAACAAAAAAAACACAGUGAAAAGAAGUGAGGAAGAAAAGAACCAGUGCAUCAUUACAGCUGCGAAAGUCUGGCAUCUUUCAUUAAAAGCAAAAACGGCUGACUCGUCUCUUUUUCAGAAAGUCCGUACAGUACAGAUUAACCCAGCUAAUUAUACCCUGUGUGUUUUCUGAUAUUUCCACCGGCAUUGUUUGGCUCUCUAGAUUUCAAUUGCCUUCCUGAUCUAACCCCUGUUAUGGUCCCAUCCUGCUUAAUAUCCCAAGUCUUGUACAGUGGAUACACCUUAACAGGGGGUAGUAUAGUGCAGUGUAAUAGCUGGGUCUACCUGUUGUGGACGUUGGUUGAAAAGCACACACGAGAAGAUGUAAGAAAACGGGUAUGCAGCCAAGAGGUCUUAUGCAAUUGUGUCCUUACCUGAACUGGGUAUAUGCUCCGAUGAUGAAACGGUUAGUCAUCUUUUUUUCUUUUUUUUUUUACUUUUAGAGCUCUAUCGGAGUAUCAAUAUUACAAUUUGAAUUUUAUCCCUUGAUUUUAAUCCCGUAUUUAAUUGUCUUUGGUAUAAAAAUGUUAUUUGAUGAAACUCAUGACUUAUUGUGAAAUGAUUGAACUGUGUCACAGCUUAUGCCAAUUUACAUGUGCAACCUCUUUCUCCAUCAGUUGUGAAUUGCUUACUUGUCAUAGUGCGUAUACUGAUCUCUUUGUCAGUCCAAUUUUGAACUGGAAUUUGUGUUUAUCCCAAAAAAGGAUAUCUGCCUUUUGCACUUUUUUAUUUUCAAAAAAAUUACUUUUUCAUUAAGUUGAUUAUUGCAAUUAGCCUGAACUGUGACAUUUUAAAGUAUUGUCACGUUUCUUUAAUGCUUGAAUGAUGCCUUUGUCAUUUUGUUUCUGUUACACAGAAGCCUCAUCAGCAAUAUCAAAAAACGUAACUUAGUUGGUUCUAGUAGUAUUCAGCUAAAGCAACGUUAUUAAUGUUCUAUUUGUAUGUUUGUAAAACAGCCAAACUAGUUUUGUCGGAAAUGAUGGUACUCAGAGAUGAUGAUGCGUGCUUGUUAACUCUUUAACCUGAAGUCUUGCAAAAUGCCAAUAAAGUUCCAAAUGCA